AAACGAGAGGUGCAAAAACAAAGCUGAAAACUUUACUGCACACAUUUUUUUUACGAUUUUGCCGGUGUUAAAACGGCGUAGCGAUUGUACUUUCCGCCGUUUUACGUAAAUUACGCGGCCGAACCGUGUAAAGGACACAAGUAAAGCGCUGGUUUUGGCGUGGCGCCCAGGAAACUUCUAGACAGCGAGUGUUGCACACGUACUGCAUCGCAGCCAAACAUGGGAAAGAUUGGCCUACAGAUUAAGGCAACGCUGGAAAACAUCGAGACGCUGAAAACGAACCAUCCGCACUACGCGUUCUUCCUGAAAAUCAAAUGCACCAACUGUGGCGAAGUGUCGGACAAGUGGCACGAUCUGACCGAAGGCGAGCACGUCAACGAGGAUUCGCGCAAUCCGAAAGGAUUCAAUUUCUACAUGAAGUGCCGUAUGUGCUCGCGCGAAAAUAGCAUCGACAUCAUUGAAGGCUCAAACGCAAGCUACACGGAGCAGGAUUCGGGCAAAAAGAAGACGAUCGUUGCGUUCGAUUGCCGCGGUGUGGAACCGAUCGAGUUCAGUCCCCGGACCGGAUGGAUUGCGAAGGCGACCGAGAACGGGCCAACAUUCGAGGACAUCGAUCUUUCGGAAGACGACUGGGUGGAGUACGAUCAGAAGAACAACAAUUCCGUUGGUGUGUACGAGUUUGAGUCCGAUUUUAUCAAGAUGAAAAAGUGAAUAGUUGUUUGUUGAGAGGCAAUAAGAAACCGUUGGAUAAUCACAUCCGGA